UGUCAAAGUUUGAUUCACUCAGGUCGAUUCACACCUUUACACCUGCGCUUAAAUUCAUGAUGGACAGGAAGCAGUGUGUUGUGAAGUUGUUGGUCCAGCCGUCCAGAGGACUUGUGGAUGAGAAGUUUAUCAUCCUGGUCCAGAAGGCCCCGCCUGGUUACCAGCUGACCGUCCACGCUCUCCACAAGUGUGAGGAUGGAUACAGCUGGGAGGCUUUUGGUCACUACACUGCCGACACCAGAGGGACUGUGAAUGUUUCAGAGCAUUCCAGUCUGGGUGGGACGUAUUCUGGGGUUGAACAGAUGGGUCUACUGUGGAGCCUCAGACCUGUUCCAGGCAGCAAACCUGGACUCAGGUUAAGGAAGAUGAAUGUCCAGACUCCCAUGGAGGUCACAAUCUCAGUGUACCAGGGUCACCAGACUGAGGGCUUCAUGGAUCAGGUGCCACUGGCCAGUGUGGUGGUGGAGCGCUGGUUCAUGGCGCCCGGCGUCCGCAGGAUCCCGAUCACAGAGGACGGCCUCACUGCGACCCUCUUCCUGCCUCCAGGACCAGGACCUUUCCCCGGCCUCUUAGAUCUGUGGGGUGGUGGAGGGCAGUUGGUGGAGUACCGUGCGUGUCUGCUAGCCUCUCAUGGCAUCGCUUCCCUGGCCCUUGACUACCUGACACCUAAAAUCACCAUGGAAACUGGGAAGAUGGUUGAACUCCAGUACUUUGAGAAGGCCUAUAAAGUCCUGGAGCAGCAUCCUCAGGUCAAUGGCAGCAGGAUCGGUAUGUUGGGUCUGUCCUUGGGCACCACUAUAACCCUCAAAAUGGCUGUUUACUCCCAAGUUAUGAAACUCAGGUGUGCAGUGUGCAUUAGUGGUUGUCACAUGCAGCCAGUUGAUGGAUCUUUGGAGGAAAUCCUGAAGUAUUUUAACCAAAACGCUGACAGGACUCGCAUCAGUGAGGAGAACGAGUUAAUCUGGCGAGAUGUGGCGCUGCCAGUCCCCAGCGACCUUGCUUUCAAAGUGGACAUGGGACGACUCAAGUGUCCUCUGUUGGUGGUUGUAGGUGAAGACGACCAGAACUGGCCCGCCUCUGAGUCUGCAAUGGAUAUGGAGGAAAUGAUGGAGCAGGCGGGGAAUAGCCACCUGCUGACUGUCCUGUCAUAUCCGAACGCCGGUCACCUGAUUGAACCUCCGUACACUCCGCACGCCAGAGCUAGUUUAUUCAGAAGCAUAGCGACAAGAGAGAAGAGUAGGUUCAACUUGAGACUAACUAAAUCAGGACUUCAGACUUGUGUUUUGAUGGCUGUUUCUGUUUUCUUUGCAGUGAUUGUUUUGUGGGGCGGAGAGACAGUGGCACAUUCUCGCGCUCAGGAAGACGCCUGGAGGAAAUUGCUGGUCUUUCUUAAGGAGAAUCUCUACAGUGGCUCAAACCCUGGUACAACUUUACUGUCCCACCUAUAACCAAGGCAAAAUCUAAUGGAGAGACUAUCAGAGUUUCAGGAAGUAAGAUUAUCUCAGAGUAAUUUAAUGCCAAAACAGGUUUGAUGAAGAUAGAAGAUGGCUAGCAACAACCAGCAUGAAGGGUGUGUGUAACUUUAUUUGUGGGCGGCUGUGGCUCAGGUAGAGCCAGCGUCUUGUUAUCGUAAAAGGUCGCGACUGAACGAACAACGAAUGAACGAUGUGAAUGAUUCUUCCUGCCAAACUGACCGACGGGAACUGAAUCUCGACACUGAACAAUGAAAUCUACCUCUGAUGGAUUACUGUAAGUCCCUUUGGACAAAAAUGUAAAUGUAAAUUUGUGUUUCUUUUGUUCUCAGACCAAAGUCAGCACUCAGCAGAUAACCUGCUUCUUUCUGUUACUCUGCAGUUUGAAAACAAAUGACCAAAGUCAAUACAGCAGAACCAGAGAUUUCACUUUUGCAUACCAUGUCAUGCCACUGAGUGACAUCACUAGAGGCACUACAAAAGACGCUAUACUGCGUUUUUCACCAGUAAAUACACUUAAAUGUGUUAAGUCGGUGGAGUUACCCUUUAAACAGUCCAGCAUCAGACCGUAUAUACAGAAUCACAAUGUUUAUAGAGGGUGUGUGUGGUCGUCUAGAGACAUGACAUGUUGCUGUAAUUCAAACAAUUCAGAAUCAUAUUAUUUAUGCAGAUAUAGUAUUCCACUCAUUUGUAUCCUGUUAUUUAUGUCACUAAACAAUAUUUGUAUUUAUUCUAAUAGAUUUAUUUCUCACUCUUUUAUUUCAAGAUUUCAGGAGGUGUUACCCUGAUCAUAACUAAAACAUGAUAUUAUAAACUAACUGUGAACAACUAGUAAGACAUAGUAAUAAAUACUCAAACUCUGAAUGAUUGAAAGACAGGCUUCUUUCACAGAAUAUUUUCUUCAUAUUUUUCACAUGAGUGAAAUUUUCUUGGAUUUAGCAGGAUUGUCAACCCGUUAUGCUUUUAGAAAAGGCAGAUGUAGAUAAGGUGGAAUAAACAAACAACAAAAUGGUCAUAUUUUAUAAAAUAACACUUGCAACACCCAGAGUCCUUCAUCAUGAUGCCAUCAUCAAAAAACCCACUAAUCUUAGUAGAGGGGCUCAGAUAGUCAAGAUGCACACAGAUGGACAUAAGAGGUUAUCAUGUAAAUUAGUCGAGGUGUCCAUGUGAGCAUAAUUAUAGGAAAGGAAGUCUCCUUGGAUCGCACACAUAUUGUGAGUUAAAUACAUAACUUGUGCUUGAUGUUAAGAACGCUAUAUGCAAAAGCUUUGCAUUUUAGGUAACUAAAAUAAAGACUGCCCUCUGUCUACAGCUGCAAAAUUGUAUCAGUGCACUGAUUGUCCACUGCUUACAGGUGUACUGUGUAGUUUUGGGGAAGACAUUUUUGUAGUAAUGUUUUUAUUCAUAAACAAACCAAAUAAACCAACUCUUGUUUGUUUCCAUGACUGAAUAAACUGAACAAAAUUGUUUUUACCUUGAAUGACAACCCAGUUUUCAUACUGAUUGAACGUGUUCUAGAGACCUUAUUUUCCACUGACAACAGCUUUAGUCAGCUAUGGAAAAAAAUAUGAAUAAUUUUAAGGUUGUUCUUUGCCUCACUGAUAUUGUAAUAUUGAUUUUCUUCCCCAAAACUACUUGGUGCCCCUUUAAUGUAAUGUAUGGCAAGGUGUACUCAAGCAACAUGUACAACACUUGAACUUGAAGAGAAAAGAAUUAAAUCAGUGCAGUAUGUCUUCUGUUUU